AUGGGCGUGUCUAAGCAUGGGGAGGGGUUAAUUUCGUGGAGUGAAAUGGCAUUGAGAGCACGUUGGUGCAGGAGCAUGCCGCAGGUUCGUUGGUUCUGGUCUCCUGCGCGAAUUGAGUCUGAGACAAACGAGGAGUCGCAAUUUGUGCGACAUGUGGCGAACAAGACGCGUGCGCGGUUGGCGGAGCGAGCGCAGUUGGUGCAGCAGUUCAAGCAGUUGAAGAAUGUGUGCAUCAAGUCGGUUUCUGCGGGUGAUGUGGUGGGCGGCAUGCGUGGUGUGCCGUCGUUGAUUUGGGAAACAUCAGUCGUUGAUCCGGGCGGGGGAAUUGAGUACCGUGAUUUGGAGUUGGAGGAAGUGAUUACGAGACUCCCAAAACUGCCCGGUGCACGCUAUCCCAGCGCUGAGGCACUUUUUCACCUCUUACUUACUGGCGAUGUGCCCUCAUCCGAAGACCACGAACUCAUGCUCCAAGCCUUCCGACCCGUCCAGGUGAGCAAGACCAAAAACCUCACCGUUACUUCCAACCAAGCGACAGCAGCUAUUAACCCCGACCCUGUAGCAGCACACCCCACCCUCUGCGCCCGUGUCGAUGCACACACCACACUCGAGAAAGUCGUCCGCGCCAUCAACACCACCAGUUGUCAGUCUCAUCCCAUGAGCCAACUCGUCAUGGGAGUCAUCGGCGCUGAAUACACAAGCCUCAUGGCCAAGGAAUACGAACACGACUCCAGUCCGGACACACUCUGGAAAAACACGCUUAUUGAUGGACUCAAACUC